AUGCCUGCAACAACCCGACUCUUCAACAUCAGGACUGUUGAUUCUUCUGGAGAAGAGAGGUUGACUAAUCGCAUCAGUACUGAGGCGGAAAUCGACGCGAAAACCACCCUAGGCACGGUUCGAAACCUGUUGGCAAAGGAAAAGAAACUUGACUCAGGAAAGGCUCGACUUGCGUUCUGCAGUAAGGAUGGUGCUCGUGUGGGUGAUGAUAUGAAGUGGAGUGUAUAUCAAGCGAUAGUAAAGGGGGACGAAAAGGACGAAUCAAAGUCUUCCAAUGACAUUAAAAUUCUUGAUGUGUAUCUUGAGUUGCCCGAGGAAAUGGAGAAGAAGAAGACUGAGCUAAGCGCAGCGGCUCAGAAGGUCUUGGAUAGCGAACUGGAUAUGGAUUUGAUGAAAAAUAAACCUGAGUUGAUCUCUGCAACGCUGAAAGAGCUUGCUAGCAAGUAUAACCAUGCCAACUUCAAGGCCGGGGUCUCUAAGGAGGGAGUUGUGGUCGCUGGCAGCAUGUCUGAGGAAGACUGGGACUUGGUUCUUCGGAAUACCCAAUUCCUGAACGGCCAUCGAAUGGUGUUUACCACCUAUGCAAAUGGUACUAAAGGAUUCAAGAGGAUUGAUAAGGCUCCUUUUACUGCAUUCUCUAUCAAACCCAGAAAAAUGACUAGCACGGAAAAGGCCGACAAAAACAUCAAACUUGAGACCGAAUACCGAAUCCCUAGAUACGUUGUGACUGAUGACUCCUAUGUCAACGUCUUUGAAACGGCAACUGCACUCUCUAAAAGUGUUGCAUCGAGCUCUUUCUCUCAAUUGGAUAUCGAAGCCUCAGCUGGAGGAAAUGUUUUCGGUGCCAGUCUAUCUGCAAAGGCCGGUUUCAGCCAGAGUGAAAGCCAGGCUAUGGCUUCAUCUCAAUCAUCUUCGGCAAGAACCAUGAACAUCACGUACAAUUUUCCGAGAGUUGUCUUGCAUCUUGAUCCAAGAAGUCUGGAGCUAACAGAUGAAUGCAAAACCGCCGUGCAAGGAGUGACGGACGAAGCAACUCUUGUCCAAUUCCACCAUAAUUUUGGUCAUUUCUUUUCUACCAAUCUUCAGCUAGGUGGCAAGCUCUAUGCCUCUGAGCAAUUCACCUCCUCAGAAUCUGCAAGUGCAGAAGAGAAAUCAAAUGCAAUGAAGGCUAGCGCUCAAGCUUCCUUCUCGUAUGGAACAUUCCAAGCUUCGGCCAGCGUAAGCUAUGAGGAGAAUGGAAAGUCAUCAGGCUCAAACCAAAGCAGCAAAAUGUCAAAUUCGCUCACAUGGGAAGCUCAGGGCGGUGACACAACUUUGUGCAAUGAUCCCCCGAAUUGGUGUCACACUGUUAAGCCGUUCAAUCACUGGAGAGUCAUCAACCAACAAGAUGUGCUACCAUUGGUGGAUUUUAUCGGAAGCUUCACUGAUUUCUCGCACAUUCCCAAACACUUUGCAGAUAUUGUAGCUGGGACUAGAAAGCCAGUCAAUCGUCGGUUCCGCCUUCGAGCUAAAGAAAAAAAGGGUGUUGGAGCAAAUGAAUACUAUGGCCUGCGUGAGGAUGCGACAAAGAGACGACUUGAGCCAUUGUUGAAUAAGUAUGGUCAACGUUUGGUGAAGGAAAUCGCAAUGAAAGAUAAUUCCUCUUUUGACGUUUUGAGUGCGAGUACUUUCUACGCACGAUUUCGAGAGCGAGUCAAGAGUGAAUCCUUUACAAACAACUUUAAGGAGUAUGUCGGAAUUGACCAAUAUGACGAUGGGUGUAACUUCGAAGUUGAACUACAAGGAGAGCUUAACCAAGCCCCCAAGCUCCAAUACAACGUGCCUUACCUUAUCCGGACAGUCAAGCACCAACGCUAUCUGUGUGCAGACACGUCUGGCAGCUACAAAGAAACAUUCUUCGGUUACAUGUUUUAUGCUCGAAAGAGUCGUGCCAGCAAGUUCAUGUUCAGACAGGCCGGCGCAAGGCAGGUAAAGGGUGACAUUGAUAACGGCAAGGAGGUCGAGUUGACUCUAUGUGAUGAAUCUGGAAGCCCUAUUGCUAUGGUGCAGCGCUAUGAGGACGAUGGUUCGACUCUGAUGCUGAGCAAGUUUGGAGUGCACGGUGACUUUAGUGUGGAAAACAACGCAUAUAUGACAUAUUUCGAAGAAUAG